AUGCCGGAGCCCGUCCACGCCUACUCCUGCCCACUCUUCUGGACAGAGUACGAAGGCCAUUGCUACCGGUACUUCCCCAUCAACAAAACCUGGGCUGAAGCUGACCUCUAUUGUGCUGAGUUCUCCAUUGGCAUCAGAUCAGCCAAGCUGGCCUCCAUCCACAGCUGGGAAGAAAACGUCUUCGUGUACGACCUGGUGAACAGCCGUGUGCCGGGUAUCCCCACUGACAUCUGGACAGGGCUCAACGACCUGCGGCAGGAGGGUCACUUCGAGUGGACAGACGGCUCCUCCUAUGACUACCACUACUGGGACGGCAGUCAGCCUGACGAUGGGAUCCACUCCAUCCCAGAGGAGGAGGACUGCGUGCAGAUCUGGUACAGGCACAGCAGUGCGCUGCGCUCCUGGAACGACAACGCCUGUGGCAGAGCCUUCCCCUUCGUCUGCAAGAUCCCCUCGUUGGCCCUGGACUGA